CUUUGGCCUAUAAGAAACCAAGUUUCUAGGGUCAAGAGAGAGAGAGGAGAGAGAGACACAUACAUAGAUUUGUAUGUGAUACGUGUGGGCAUCGGUUAAGAGAGGAUAAGAAGAAGUAACUCUAGUUUAAUAAAGAGUAACCAUGGUUGAGUUACUUUAACUUUAUGCUUUAUCUAUAUAUGAGCUGUAGGGUUUUGGGAAGAGGGGUAUCUGAGUUUUAGUGGUCAAAGUGAGAGAGAGGAGACGCCACGAACGUCUCUGAACCUUGUACUCAGUUCUUUAAUCUAUGAAUAUUAUCUUGUUUUCUUGAGAUCAUUUGCUUUUGACCAGAAUCGUUACGUUUCACGUAACAAAUGGUAUCAGAGCCGUUCGAUUCCGGAGACUCCAUGUCGACGAAAGCUGAAAUCGAUAAAGUGUGGAACCAGAUGCAACAGGGCGUGAGGAGGAUGAGACCGUUGGCUGUGGAGCAACAACCGGAAAGGGACAUGAGGUUCCCGAAGCCGGCCAUGGUUGUCCAAGAGCGGUGUAGCAGAUCCUCAUACCUGGAGCGGAUGGAGAAGCGCUGGAUCGAAAGGAAGGCCAGGCUGGAAAUGCUGGACGAGUGUCUUCGCAUGCUUGAUCGAUGGGAUGAAGAAGAUGAAGCCAAGAAGCAUCAUGAGAAAGUGUUGCUAGUAGCUGGAGACUCAGAUCCGAUUGGGAGUCACGAUGGAGGCUUGGUGGAAAGUGUCUGUGUGAUUCUGGAGCCAAACAAACUGAAGACGUUGCAGGAAGAUUAUUGUCCAGAGACUGAAACCCUUUUGCUCGAAGAGGACAACAGCUCAGAGAGAGAGAUGGAUGUUUGUGCAUCCCAAGUGUUCGAUCAAAUACCCAAGAGAAGAAAGAAGGUAGCAAAGAAAAAGAAGAGAUGGAAGCUCUUUGCGGAUGCUGUGAAGGAUUUGGAAGAAACUUUUACGGAUGAGGGAAAGGAUAACCUGUUGCUGGGAAUGCAAAUGGAGAACACAUCUAAGAGUCAAAGGAAGAGUUUAUUGAAGUGGUGUAGAGGAGUAAGUUGUCAAUGGGUGCACACUCACCAAAGGUUCAAUAGGAAAUGGCUACUCAUAUUCAGAUUCAGAAAGAAGAAGAGAAAGCUAGAGAUGACUGAGGAGAAUUAUGGGUCUUAUGGAAGGUUAGAAAAAUACAGAGAGACUGCAAGAGAUGUGCUGAGAAACAUGGCAAGAGAGUUGCAGUCCCAUGUGUUGAAAGAUGCUGCUGAGAAUAUGGGCAAUAAUAGAAAUGUGUAGCAUCGGAAGCUUAAGAGAAACAAAGAGUGGGAAUGAAAUGAAGAGAAGCAAGCUUGAAUUAGAGCAACUGAAGCUGAUGCAGGAACAUAAUAAAGCUCUGAAGAAACUGAAGAAAUGGAUGAAGCAUAAGUUCAAGCAGAAAAAUAAGAAGGGAAGUAUCAAGCUAGAUGGUGCAGUGAUGAAGAUUAAUAAAUUGUUAGCUACCACAAUGAGAGAGAGAGCAGAGCUGAGGUUUGAGUGUAUGGUUCAGGGAAAGCUUCUCUCACUCGAUAAGAUAGGCUGGACAAAGCUCGUGUGGGAGUGGAAGAAGCGUAAGAAAAAGCAGCAGACAUACAAAACGACAUAUUGUAUCAAUGCACUGAUUUUGGGAAGAAUGCUAAUGAAGCAGUCUCUCAUCAGCUGCAAGAGAGCUGAACUCAGAAUGAAGUUGAGGAGCAAUGGGCUCCGUUGGGUUGAGAUGUUGUCUCGACCAAGAAGGGCAGGUAAGAAGAAUUUUGUUUGCGGAAAAGACAUACAUCUGACUGGGGAGCUCACUUCACAAAGUGGUACUGUGGUUAGCAUUUACUUCCAUCUGGUGCCGAACUCUGCAGACUAUAUGAUAAAAUUACAGUGGCUUGUGGUUGUAAAGGAUUCAGAGGAAAGUGGUAAAGAGCAGGGGAUCAGUUUGAGAGUCAUGGAACGACACAAGGUUACCAAAACUGUCACGAGGUCUGGUAGUUGGGUGAGAUGCUGCUUGACUCUUAACAUGAAUACUGCAGAAAUAAUCAAGGAGGCAAGUAGGGACGAGUUCAGGACAGAACCAUUCCAGACAUCUAAGUUGGGGAUCUUCACUUGCGACUGGAUGCAUUCACCAAGACCACCGGAGUUGCUGCCUCGUUCAUCACAUGAGAUUGCCAUUCAAAACUAUAGAGGAGUUUCUUCGGGGACCACAAUGGUGGUGAAGCUAAGUGAAGCGAGGAAUGGGAGCAUGUUUAAGAACUUCUGUUGUUACUUAGUGCAAGAUUCUGAGAACCACAUCAUGGAAUUGACGUCACAUCAGACUGAUGUUAAACGUAGUGGUGGGAUUGAGGCAAUACUGGGAAUUUACUACGUGACUCCUAAACUCUUAAGUCUGAAGUUGAGCAGUGCACAUGUGAUUCUAGAGAAGCGUGAGAUUUUCAGGAACAUGGAGGCUAACAAACAGGAGCAAGAAAAGAAGUACCAACUAAGCAGAAUCACAUCGUUUCUUCUUAAAGAUCCUAGCUCUUGUAACACACCAGCUUGCCUCAGAGGCCUAGUGAAAGGUCUACAACAUCAAGGAAAUGGUAUUGUGGGAGAACAUGGGCAACUGAUGAAUAGGAACAUGAAGGCUCAUACUGCAGAGUUGUUUCAUAAGUUAGUUGUUUUCCUACUUCAGACAGGUGAUAAGUCUGAAGAGAUGUGUACCGAAAGGGGCAGGGAAAAUGAGGAGCAAAAGAUCUUCUACAAGGCAGUGUUGGUUACUGUGGAAUACUCCUCUGUACAUGUUCAUUUCUCAAAGUCAAAGCAACAAGACUAUGCAACCCUCGUGGCUAUUCCAUGGGUUCAAGCAUGGGCUCUUCAAGAUGAUAAGUGCUCAUGGAAUUGGAAGAAUGCUACAAGUCACUUGGCUUCAACCUUGAGGACAAGGUUGAAUUCAAAGGGCGAAGUAAUGAUACGUGUGGGCAUCGGUUAAGAGAGGAUAAGAAGAAGUAACUCUAGUUUAAUAAAGAGUAACCAUGGUUGAGUUACUUUAACUUUAUGCUUUAUCUAUAUAUGAGCUGUAGGGUUUUGGGAAGAGGGGUAUCUGAGUUUUAGUGGUCAAAGUGAGAGAGAGGAGACGCCACGAACGUCUCUGAACCUUGUACUCAGUUCUUUAAUCUAUGAAUAUUAUCUUGUUUUCUUGAGAUCAUUUGCUUUUGACCAGAAUCGUUACGUUUCACGUAACAGUAUGUUU